AUGCUUCAUCCUUCAGCAGCCACAUCAGCUGCUACUCUGGUAGCUUCCUCCUCGUCAUCUUUGUUUGUUCCGACCACCACAUCGACCAGCAAUACAAAUCACUCCUCCAAUUUCAACACUAGAAAUCAUAACAGCAACAACCGUCGUGGUGUAUGGCAUCAACGCGUUGGCUCCUACAACAGCAGCACCACUACCAGUACUUCUAACGGCAUGACCCAUCAAGCAUUAAGCAACCAUGUUUCAUCCAAAAAUAAUAAUUCAGCUCUUCAUCAAGGCAGCAGCAACAAGACCAAUCACCAACUCCCUCAUAUUUGGAGUCAUGAAGAUUUGAGUUACUUUUUCAAUCAUGUGUUGCAAACGGUUCAACCCAAGAUACCAUCAUCAUCAUCACCGGGCGAUGAAACAAAUACUCAAUCAUUAAUUCCGAGCAGUUCGGGAGCAACCACAACAAACGUACCUACCACCACACGAAAAAGACUUCUUUCCUUUUCAUGGUUUGAAUCAUCCACCUCUCAUCAUCGGCAAGAACAACAAACGCAAAAUGAUACGCCCAUCUUGGAAAGGUCAGCUUCAACACCACAAUUACUCUCUCAUCUUCCAAAUCCAAUGGUAGGAGGGGGUAGGAAGAAGAAGGCUACUCUUGUUGCUUCGUGUGCGGUUUGCUCGGUGAGUACGAGCAUCUUUCUCAUGGCCAUGAUUACCUUCUUAUUGUCCAAUUUGUUCAUGCAUCCGGUGGCAUACAUGGCAGUCUCUUCCAAGCAACACAUCUUGAUGAGCAAGGAUGGAGAUACCUAUCGGAAGAUUACUCACUCCUCAAAUAUGCCAGAAGAAUUAAUGCAAUUUCCAGAUAAUACCAUUAUGGGAAAUAGUGAUGAAGAAAAUCAUUUGGGAGCAAGACCUCAUAGUAGCACUGCAGGAGGAGUAGGUAUUGGUUUAGUACACAGUGGAAACCGAAUGAUUGAUGUCUCCCGUUUUCACUUGCUGAAAUCUGAUCAUCAUGUAGCAUCCAAUCCAAUGGAAACCAACAAGCAAGACUCUUCGUUUUUCUCUCAAUCCACUUCGUUGCCAGAACUCUCAUCUCUUCUAAAUUCUCAUCUUGAGGUGCAUCCUCCAUUUGCGAAUUUGGAACAUGAGAAGGGAAUGAAGGGAAGUCACAGAGAACGCUUAAUUGAUUAUAUUGAGGCUCUACCAUACAAGAAUGAUCCUUGGAUUGAUUUCAAAUUGCCAUACAAGAAUGUCACAUUUUCAUCUGUUUUUGAUAGCUCAAUGAAAUUACGAUCUUGGUACAUUCCAGCAUCGAAUAUAGAGUCAAAUAAGGCAGUCAUUCUCGUUCAUGGUGCAUUCUAUGACCGAAGAGAUGUCUUGGAACAUGUUCCGUAUAUUCACAAGUUAGGAGUUCACAUACUUCUCUUUGAUAUGAUUAAUCAUGGCGUGAGUGAUGGCGAUAAUGGUUGUGCUUUGGCAUGUCGUGAAUGGAUGGGUGUAAUUGGAGCUGUCGAUUAUUUGGAAGGAAUCAUUCCCAACUUGGAGGUUGCUGUAAUGGGAACUUCUACAGGAGGUGCUUCAUCGAUUAUUGCAGCCUCACAAGAUCCAAGAAUUAAGGCAGUAAUUGCAGAAAAUCCUUUCGCAGAUCGUAUUUUGCAAAUUAGAGACGUUUUGGAAGUAGCAUUAUACAAGAACGGUUGGAGUCAUCAAUUACCCAAAUUCAUGUCAUCUGUGAUUGAAGUCAUCGGCAAUUAUAUUCCUUCAUCAUUUAUUAAGGUUGUUUCAGUAUUGGUCAACUGGAGAAUGUGUGAUUUUAGAAUGGGUAAUCAUUAUCACACAGCUGAAGCUGUCAAAGAAAUGUCACAACCCAUGUUAUUGAUUCAUUCCAAGACGGACAAGGUUGUUCACUUUAAACAUUCAGAAAUUAUUCGCAGCUCUGCUGUUGGGCAUGUAGAAUUUUGGGUUGUCGAAGAUGCACCUCAUUCAUGUAUUCACAGGCAUUUGCAAAAUGACUUUGAAGACAGAGUGGUUGCCUUCCUCCAGAAACAUCUACUAGGUUCCAACACGGAAGCAGCAAAUACUUUGCCAAAUAGCAACACCAAUUAA